AUGGCGUCUAGAACUCUAGGAACAUCGACCAUUCACCAACUCACGCGAUCAUCAAGAUCGACAACUAUCAACUCCAAAUGUCCUCAAUUACUUCCUAGAUCAAGAGCAUUCUCUUCCAGAACCACGAGACAUUCCCACCUUCAUCGACCAUGGAAACAACAAUCUGUUGUCCUCUUUGCUGCCGCUGCUACAGUAGCACUGAUUUAUAGCACAAGUCCCUUUACCCAAGUAUCGACAGAAGUUCCAGCAUCUGAACCCCCGGAGAUUAGGAUCGAAAAGUCCAAAAAGAAAAAAGGUGUUUCAAAAGAAGAGAAUAGAGAUCUCAUCAGUUCACAACAUCUGCAAGUCAAAAAGAGCUGGGAAAACCCAGGUGUAUACAUAUGGGGCUCAAAUACAGCUCAGGUUGCUGCUCCAGAUUCCACCGAUGCAUAUGUCAAGACUCCUCGACGAUUAGCAUAUUUUGAUGAUGUCUUGUUGCGGGAUCUCAAACUCGAUCGAAACUUCGGGGCAGCAAUUCUCGAGAAUGGAGAUUUGGUUCAGUGGGGAAAAGCUUUUUCGGAGGACAUUGCUCAACCAACAGUAACGCUCAAAGGCAAAGAUCUCAAGCAGAUCGCUAUAUCGAGGGACAGAGUCAUAGGACUCUCGAAGAAUGGGACGGUCUAUUCUAUUCCAGCUUCCAAAUCGGAUCAAGAAAUCGGCCACAAACCCAGUGAAAGUUCCUGGAUUCCGUUUCUAAGCUCUACCUCCAGCACCAGCUACAGAAACCUUGAACCUCAGAAUCUCGCAAGAGGUGAAUCGGUCACGAGUAUAAGCGGUGGUCUCGAGCAUGUUUUACUCCUCACAAAUAAAGGCCGUGUCUUUUCUGCAGCAUCAGGUACAGAAAAUUUCCCAAGCAGAGGUCAGCUUGGUGUUCCCGGUGUAACAUGGCUCACGCGGCCACAAGGACCGUAUGAUAUGUGUCAUGAGUUGACCACCCUACGAGGGUUCAAAAUCAAACAAAUAGCCACUGGAGACUUCCAUUCCCUUGCACUCGAUGAAGAGGGUCGCGUCUUCUCAUUUGGCGACAACAGUUCCGGACAGCUCGGGUUCAACUAUAACUCUGAGGCCCCAUAUGUCGAUACCCCAUCCCUUCUACCCGUCAAUCGACUCUAUCAAGGCACCAACCAAGUACCGAAAGUCACCAGCAUCUCUGCAGGCGGCACCAACAGCUUCUUCUCUGUUGACGCCCUCCGUGUGGCCGGGCCGUCCGAAGACCCAGCCGAGAUUCGCACUCUAGGCCGAAUCACAGCAGACGUAUGGGCCACCGGCGCCGGUCUUCGAGGAUCACUCGGCAAUGGCAAAUGGACACACGUUCAGGACGCACCAACCAAAAUCCCCAGUCUAAGUGGCCUAUUCGAAUACGACGAGGUGAAACGAGUCACCAUCCCGAUCCGCAUGGCUCAUAUCUCGGUCGGGUCGACCCACGUCUCCGCAAUCAUGGACAACGUGACGUAUCUAGACGCGAACGAGAAGGGCACGGAGAACGAUACCAAUUGGGGUGCCGAUGUGCUCUGGUGGGGCGGCAACGAGUACUACCAGCUUGGUAGUGGGAAGCGCAAUAACGUCGCCACGCCCCAGUACAUCCGUCCGUUGGAUAUGGCGGCUGAGAUCGAGGCGGGUAGGAGAGAGGAACAUCGCUUCCAUGCGACACCUAAGCAUGCGGUCAAGGUCAAGGGCCGGAAGGUCAACAUGGAGCAGAGAAUUGAAUGUGGUAGACAUGUCACGGCGGUAUAUUCUGGUGUUUGA